AUUGUGUAGAACUAAUAACUUUCAUUACAAGUGUAAUUUGAAGUAAUCUAGAUUAAAAAAAUUUAAUUUCAAUUUGUACACUAAAAUAGUGUAAAACAUGAUAAUCAAUAAUUCUAAGUAAAAAUGAAUCGUAAUGAUGUGAACUAUGACAUAUAUGGACAAAGUGUUAAUAUUGGACAUAAUGUUUCAACAUUAUCACCUAAGACUGACGAAGUUGCAAAUGUAUUAACUAAUAAUCGAUCACAACGUCCAACCACAUCUAAAGACAUUAAAAGUGAUUAUUAUCAAGCAAAAGAAUAUAGAUCGGAUUAUUCAGAUAUGCAGUUCGAUCUUAAACAUAAUGAAGAACCUAUUAUGGAUGUUUCAUCGAUGCCCAUUGGGCUAGGUUCUAAAUUUCUUUAUAAUAAAAUAAGCACUUCUCAGCAACAGUCCAUGGACAAUGCAGCUUGCGUAAAUGAUGGUGCCGAAAUGCCCUCUAAAUAUGCAACACUUAGAGAGUAUGAAAACUAUCCAAAUGAAUAUCCAAUGUCAUCCAUAUAUAUUUCGAAAGCGCCGGUAGGACGAGGUCUACAGUGUACUUAUCAGCCAGAUCACACUACUUUAAUCAAUUCACAGGCGCAGAUAACUGCUUCCUCUCAGGAUUUAAAUGUCACGGGCUUACCAGAUCUUUCAACCGGACCAACGGUACGCUAUAUACGGGCUCAACAGUACGACGAAAUGUCUGAAUAUGAAUUGACUGCAGGUUCGACUUGUCCUAUAGAAUCGAAUUAUGCUGAGAAUACAGCAGCUGCAUAUGGUUAUGUGUCUGAUGCAAAUUAUGGGAUAACCAAUGUUAAUGUUAAUAAUAUAUCAUACUCGCCGAGACCACUUUUAUUUAAUGAUAAUCCAAAUUCUGAAGCAUCAAUGGGAUUAGAUCCUAAUUCGCGAUCCUUCGAAACUCAACUCGAAUUCCAAAAAAAGUUAUCUCAAUUAACAAUUAAUCCCAUUGAAAUCGUUUCUCAAACAGAAUCACAAUAUCGAAGAGAUGUUGUUAAAGGAGAUAUGCUAGAAGGAUCAGAAAAUGAUAUUGGAUCUACAAUGAGAUGGAGGGAUCCCAAUUUAUCUGAAGUUAUUAGCUUUCUGAACAAUCCAAACAAUUCAAUUAAAGCUAAUGCAGCUGCUUAUUUACAACAUUUAUGUUAUAUGGACGACCCAAACAAACAAAGAACACGAACACUAGGUGGCAUACCUCCAUUGGUACGACUGUUAUCAUAUGAAAUUCCAGAAAUUCAUAAAAAUGCUUGUGGUGCUUUACGCAAUUUAUCUUAUGGAAGACAAAAUGAUGAAAAUAAACGUGCAAUUAAAAAUGCUGGUGGCAUUCCAGCUCUUAUUAAUCUAUUAUGUAAAACACAGGAAUCAGAAGUGAAAGAAUUAGUUACUGGUGUACUGUGGAAUAUGUCGUCAUGUGAAGACAUUAAACGUACCAUAAUUGAUGAUGGUUUAGUAGUAUUUGUUAAUAAUAUAAUAAAGCCUCAUUCGGGUUGGGAUCCUGUAUGUCCAGGGGAAACAUGCUAUUCAACCGUAUUUCGUAAUGCUUCUGGAGUUAUUCGGAACGUUAGCUCAGCUGGAAAAUAUGCCAGAACAAUGUUGCGAGAUACUGAGCCUUUAGUCGAGUGCUUAUUAUAUGUUUUAAAGACAGCUAUUCAAAAAAAUAAUAUUGGCAACAAAACUGUUGAAAAUUGUGUUUGUAUAUUACGCAAUUUAUCAUAUCGAUGUCAGGAAGUCGAAGAUCCGAAUUAUGACAAGCAACCAACGAUAAUGUCUAGUCGGGACGCACAACCAUCUACUUCAAAAGGAGAUAAUCUUGGAUGUUUUGGUACAAGUAAAAAGAAAAAAGAAGCUGCUCAAAGCGAACAACAAUUAGAAAAUAUUUAUUCAUCAAGUGCUUCAAAGAAUCAGCCUGGAGGAAUACUGCCAAAAAGAUACGAACAAUUAUGGCAACCAGAAGUUGUCCAAUAUUAUUUAGCUUUAUUACAAAGUUGUUCAAAUCCUGAAACUUUAGAAGCAGCUGCUGGUGCUAUACAAAAUCUUGCAGCUUGUUUCUGGCAACCAAGCGUUGAUAUACGUGCCACAGUGCGUAAGGAAAAAGGUUUACCUAUUUUAGUUGAAUUAUUACGUAUGGAAGUUGACAGAGUCGUGUGCGCUGUCGCUACAGCGCUACGCAAUCUUGCAAUUGAUCAACGUAAUAAAGAAUUGAUUGGUAAAUAUGCAAUGCAGGAUUUGGUACAAAAGCUCCCAUCUGGUAAUCCUCAACAUGAUCAUAAUACUUCUGAUGAUACAAUUUGUGCAGUAUUGGCCACAAUUAAUGAAGUCAUCAAAAGAAAUCCAGAAUUUUCACGCUCUUUGCUAGAUGCUGGUGGCGUUGAACGGCUUCUAAAUAUAACCAAGCAAAGACAAAAGUAUACAGCUUGUGUACUGAAAUUCGCAAGUCAAGUAUUAUUCACCAUGUGGCAGCAUCACGAAUUGCGAGAUGUAUACAAGAAAAAUGGAUGGAAAGAACAGGAUUUCGUUACCAAAUCAUUUGCAACUCACAACUUUUCACCAAAUUCACCCAAUAAUGUUAACAACACUUUAAAUCGGCCAAUGGCUUCACAGGGUCGCACUAAGUAUGAAGAUAAAACAAUACAGCGUGUACCAAAUAACUCAAGGAGUAAUGGUGGUGUUGCAAUAUCAAACGACUUUUCUGUAUUACGACGAAUGACUGAUGAAGUAUCUUCGAAUGGACUCAGAGAUGAAGCUUAUCAAAUCGAUGCCCAAAACCCAUCAAUGGCAAUGUAUAUACCAAUUGUUGACUGUGGACGAAACCAUUCCAAUUAAUCACGUUAUUCACAAUAUCUUUUAAAUGCUUUGCAUAUUUUAAUAAAAUUGAUCAACAAA